UGUUUUUGUUCUGAAGGAGAAAGGCUUCAGGAUGUUGCUGCUCAAAAGCAGUAGAAGUGGCUUCCUGCUGGGGGAAAUGAUCAAAAAGCCAGACAAGCCCAUGGUUGAACACGGCAGAACUUGCACUCUAAUGCAUGCAUGCACGGGUUUAUGCACAUGUGGUGGAGCUGGACAUGCAGAUGACGCUCUCCAGACCAGACAGAGGUUGUUUAACCAUUGUCAGAGGUGACUGGAGAAACUGAGGAGUGGUCUGUUUUAACAUGUAUAAUGAAUAUUUUGAAGGUUCAAAUGUCAUGGACAAGUCAUAACCAUAAAACCAUGCAUCUGAACCUGACCAAUGGGAGCUGCCAAAUCCCUCUGGCAAAUGACAGAGUAGUUCUGACCUACAUCUACAGCCUUGCCUUCUCUGUUGGACUCCCAGCUAACCUGCUCUCCCUCUGGGGACUGUAUCAGCUGGGCCGGUCUGGCGGAGGCGGCUGCCAGCUGGUCUAUAUCCUAAACUUACUGCUUUCAGAUCUUCUCCAGCUACUCACCUUGCCACUGUGGAUCCUCUACCUGCAGGGAGACCACCACUGGCCUUACGGGUCUGUGACCUGCCAGCUAGUGGGCUAUGUUUUUUACGUCAACCUCUAUGCCAGUGUAAUUUUUCUUUGCCUCAUCGCACUGGACCGCUUUCUAGCAAUCGUGUACCCUCUCAGCAGCCGCGGUGUACGGAAAGUGUGGGUGGCAGCAUUUUCCGGUAUGGUAGUGUGGACUUUGAUAUUUCUUUUCUGCCUGACUGGUCUCUACCCAUCUGUGUUCGAGCCCCAGAGAGAGCGGUGUCUGGAGCAGUACCCUGUGAGCACCAGAUUUGCUUACUUUAAAAUCGCCACAGUUGCUUUAGGGUUUCUAAUGCCCUGCUCUAUACUAGGGUACACCUCUGGCCGAAUCGGCCUGACUCUGCGGAACUCCCCGUCUGUCAUGGAUCACGAAUGCCGCAAGAUCGUCGCAACCCUGGUUGUCAUCACGGUCAUCUUCAUUGUCAUUUUUGGUCCCUAUCAUCUGGUGGUCGGCUACAGAUUUGUUACCCUGCUUCUCACGGAAAGUGAAAAAGACCAGUGUUUGGUGGAAGUUUCUCUCUACCUUUACUAUAGGAUCUGCUAUGGGCUCACCAGUCUCAAUACUCUUCUAGACCCUCUUUUCUACAUCUUUCUUUGCAACGAUGCUCGCCAAGAGCUCCGCAAAUCCCUUUUCUGCCCUUGUCGGGGUCAUAGGGUGCACGAGGGAUCACGAGUACCAUCUUUUCCCAGAAGUUGUCUGAACCGCAGUGCAGAUGUUUAGCCGGCCUCGUACAGAUGCUAAUCAGAGUCUUUGUAAGACACGUGCUGAAAGUUUUUCACACAUGACGUGAAAAUGGCUUAUCAGGCUGAGAUUUAACAAGUUAGCUGUCGCCAAUGUGACAACCCCAGUGAUGUCAUUAAGACACGGCUGGUAUGAGGAGGUGGCACGUCAUCGUUGAAUCACACGUGUCAGCGCUACACCUUCAGCCUCUUCUGGCAAAUGUUUCCCAUACAGCCUGAGGAGUUUCCAAUGCAUUCUCUGUAUUGCUUAAAAUACUUUAUUAUUAAUAUGUCUGUGCUGAAGUCAGGUAUAAUUACACUGCCGUUCAAAAGUUUGGGGUUGUUUUUUUCAAGAAGUCUCUUAUGCUGACCAAGGUUGCAUUUAUUUGCUCAAAAAUAGUGUAAAACACAAAUAGUGUAAAAUGAUAUAACAAAUAAAUGUUGUCUGUUUUAAUACAUUUUAAAAUGUAAUUUAUUUUUGUGGUGGUGAAGCUGAAUUUGUCAUUACUCCAGUCUUCAGUGUCACGUGAUCCUUCAGAAAUCAUUCUAAUAUGCUGAUUUGGUGCUCAAGUAACACUUCUUAUUACUAGCAAUGGUGAAAACGGUUGUGCUGCUUAAUAUUUUUGUGGAAACGGUGAUACUUUGUUUUCAGGACUCUUUGAUGAAUAUAAAGUUUAAAAGAACAGCAUCUAGCAUCUAUUUGAAAUAGAAAUCUAUUGUAACCAUGUAAAAGUCUUUACUUUGGAAGCUUGUUUCCACCAUGGGAUAAAAAAACAGAUAAUAGCAACUUUUUAUCUCACAAUUCAUUUUUUUUUCUUUCUCACAGUUCUGAGUUAACAUCUCCCAGUUCAGACUUUUUUCUCAGAACGGCGAGAGAAAUUCUGAGGAAGAAAGUCUCAAUUGUGAGAUAUAAAUUUGCAAAAACAAAACUCAGAAUUGUGAGAUUAAAAAUUGCAAUUACCUUUUAAUUGUUUUAUUCCAUGGAUGAAACAAAACAGGGCUGCAAGAUAUAAACUCAGAAUUCUGAAGGAAACAAAAUCAGAAUUGCGAGAUAUAAACUCAGAAUUGUGAGAAGGUAAGGCUGUGUUUUAUCUUGCAUUUCUGACUAUUUUCAUUUAUGAAAUCUGAAAAAAAGAAGUCUGAAUUGUGACAUAAAAAGAUUUUUUUUAACUCAGUAGUAAAAACUGGCUUCCAAGCUGUUGAACGGUUUCAUAUAUCCUUGAUUAACAAAAGGUAUUAAAUACUUGCUUUCAAAAAAUUAAUAAAAAUAAAAUAAAUUGACCCCAAAUUUUUGAAUGGCAGUUUUGUGUCCAACAUCUGUAAAAUCUGCUAUACCCUGUUGUUUUAACAGAAACACAAGAUUGGUAUAAAACUGAAGAAAUAAGCAAAUAGAACUGGUUCCGGAUUAUAGAAAAAGCUGCUUUAGAAACCAAAGAUCCUGGAUCACAGCAAGUCAGAAACCAGAGCAAAGGUCAAGCUCUUCUUAAUUGUUUUAAGGAUUUCAAAAUCAGGUCUGACACCUACUGGAGGACAUAACUAAAGACAGGCCAAUGCAUACAUGUGCUGUCAGAUCAGAUUCUGCACUGCUAAAAUGAAAGAACCUACUGUACAUGCCUAGAAUGAGACUGCAUGUGCUUGCUUUUGGUGCCUUUACAUUAGAUGGCUGAAAUGUAUAUCAAUAUGUUCACCUUCGCAAGAAAAUGGCUGUUCAGAAUAGAAUAAUAAAGUACUGCAUUACAUACCACCUACUCUUUUUUUAAAAUAUAAUGUAAAACAUUUGUGAUUAUGCAACAAUAAACACUGAU